ACCGUUCCACCGUGUGUCCAUUGGCAAAAAGCUCAAUUGCCUCUAACAAUCUCUUCGAUCCAAAUUUCAUUUCCUUUUUCCAAGCUCCCCAACUGUGCUAUGGCAGUGGCCUCAGAAAGCGCAGUGGGGAUCGAUCCCUUGCACAUGGAGCCCUCUGCCUCAAAAUCAGCUUCUGACUCGGGGUCCGAAUCGUCUUCCCCAGCUUCGGAAACGCCUGAUCGCAGCGACCACUCCAAUUCUUCUCAAAAUGCUAACCGUGACGUCGAAAGUCAGCCCUCAGCAUUAUUGAGUGAAGAGUAUCGACAACUUUUCCGUCUUCCAUCUGAGGAAGCUCUUGUACGGGACUUUAAUUGUGCAUUCCAGGAAAGUAUUCUUCUUCAGGGGCAUAUGUACCUUUUUACACGUUAUAUUUGUUUUUACUCCAACAUAUUUGGAUUUGAGACAAAGAAAAUAAUUCCCUUCAUUGAAAUUACGAAUGUGAAAAGAGCAAAGAUAGCUGGAAUAUUCCCUAAUGCGAUAGAAAUUUUUGCUGGAGGGAGAAAGUACUUCUUUGCUUCAUUCCUAUCCCGUGAUGAAGCUUUCAACCUCAUCAAUGAUGGAUGGUUGCAGCAUUGGAAUGAUUCUAAAUCAGUAACAGAACAUCAGGAGUCAGUAUCUGAGUCUAACAGCCAAGAUAAUGGACUUCUUGUAAUUGAAAAGUUGAAUAGCUUUAAAGAAGUCAAUGAAUUGGAUUCCAGUAACAGGGAUAAGGAUGCUUCUACUUCAAAUGACUAUAAGCUUCCAUCCCCUUCCCAAGUUGAGAAUGACAGAGUUUUAGUAACACGUACAGAGAUACAAGAUAAUGCAGAACAGGAUGUUGAACCAGUUGAACAUAUCAACUCUUCAUCUUCAAUGCAAACUCGGACAUGGACUGAGGGGGAAACUGAUGCACCUGAGAUUCCAAAAACUUAUAUGAGAGUAGGGGAAACAAAAUUUCCGAUAGAGGUAGAGGAGUUUUUUAAUUUGUUCUUUUCAGAUGAUGCUAGAAAUUUUGUUGAAUCUUUCCAUAGAAGAUGCGGAGAUAAAGAAUUCAGGUGCUCUUUGUGGUACCCACAGGAGAAAUUUCUGCAUACUCGCAAUGUGUCAUUUCAACAUCCAAUAAAAAUUUAUUUUGGUGCAAAAUUUGGCAGCUGCCAGGAGGUCCAGAAAUUUCAAGUAUACAGAAACAGUCAUUUGGUUAUUAAGACAUAUCAAGAAAUCAAUGACGUGCCUUAUGGAGAUUAUUUUCGUGUUGAGGGGCUGUGGGACGUAGUUAAAGAUGGUGAUGAAUCAAAUGAAGGCUGUAUUUUGCGGAUAUAUAUGGAUGUGGUAUUCAGCAAGAAAACUGUUUUCAAAGGGAAAAUAGUGCAGUCUACCUUGGACGAGUGUCGUGAAGCUUAUGCAAUAUGGAUAAAUAUGGCACAUGAAAUGUUGAAGCAGAAGAACCUUGAAAGACAAGAAGAAGGUCCUUUUACUAGUUUGAUUCAGAAUGGUGAAGCGAAUUUGUUAAGUGAAGUGAAAACUGGGGAAGCCUCAGAUAGGUCAACAAGCCAGUUAAAUGACCAUGGAAGGAUGACACAGAUAUCUGGUUCGUUGGAUGUUAAUGAUAGGGUUGGUAACCUUGUGCAAGGAAAUUUCAUGAAUGCUACAACAGUUGCAUCUUUGUUGGGAGAAUAUGUGGCAAAAUUCUGUACAUAUUUGAAAAGUCAGAGCCAAAUUACCUUGAUCUUAGUUGUUGCAUUUGCUGUGAUCUUCCUGAUGCAGGUGAGCAUCCUUGUCCUAUUGAACAGACCCCAAAAUGUUCAUGUUGUUCCUCCGGGACACUAUUACAUAGGUGGCAUGGGUGGUGGAAUAGGCGAAAGAUCAGCUGAAGCUGUGACUUGGUUGGAGAGGCGGAUGCAACAUCUCAAGGAUGAGAUGUUUAUGGUUGAGGCGCAGCUGGAGAGAUUGCGGCAUGAGCACAAUUGGUUGAAAGCACAGUUGAAGGACUUUGAUGGUCUUAGAAAGCGUAAAUAACCCAAAUUUGUAUGCAUCAUAAUUUCUUCUUACUAAGUUCUUUUUUAUUUUUCUUUUAGUUUUACCUGAAAAUUUUCUGGUUUUUUAUUUGGUAAGUGGAUAAUUUUCAAACCUCCUCCUUCUUCUUCUUCUUCUUAUUAUUAUUAUAUAGACCUAAUAAAAAAAAGAAUUUU